CUGUGUUUAUCAUAUGUUGUGUUACUGUGUGUUGUAGUAUGUGAAAUAUAAAGGUUUGAGAUUUUAAAGGCGGCCGACUUGACUGAAUUCAGAUGUCCAUUCUGGGCCAAAAUGUACAGAGCUGUGCAGAACUAUGACGGAUCGGAUACGGAGAAGUGCAUUAACCUCAAGGCAGGCGACGUUCUCUCGGCCGUGCACGCGCUCGACGACACAUGGUACCUUGGUUACAACCGGAGCACCCGCAAGACGGGCGUCUUUCCCGCUCAGUGUGUGCGGCUCGAAGACAGCAUUGAACCUGGUACGGGUAGCUCUUCCGCCGUCGAAAACCCGGUCUAUACAACAAUAUCUGACGAUUCGGUUAUAUUAGGAGUACAUGAUGCGGAUGCUUCAGUUGUUAAACCGAUUAAAGAUGACCAGGUCCGGAAAGAUUGUGAAAAGAAAGGCAAUCCUGCGAUUAGCACGGAAUAUAGUACUGUGCAAAAGGUACGGUUUGCAAAUGAUAAACACGGCGUUGACAUAAAUCAGGAAAGCAACUUGGAGAAGUCAUUUGGAGCUGACUCGGUCAUUUCUUGGCAGGAAUCUUUUGAAACUUCAUUUACCACAAGCACAUCCGAACAUCAGAGUGGAAAAGUUGUUAGCAAAGACAGGGACGAAGGAAUUUAUCACGUCAUUUUCGAUGAUAAACUGACUAAGCUGAAGGCCAGCACGGAUAUGCUUUUCCACACCAGUAGGGAUGAAAACAAGAGGAUCAAAGCCGUUUUUGGUGCUCUCUCGGGCUUUGUCAUUGGAGGUCUUUUCUAUGUCAUUCUACGAUACAGUUUUAAUUACAGUCCACUUCAAGCUGGGAUCAUAGUUGCCAUUUCUACUGUUCUUAUCUGCUUUGGAUUAGCAUUAUCAUCUCGUUGCCGUUGCAUCAUGGCAGUCGUGCUGCCCAACUUCUUUACAGGAAAGGGACGGGCAUUGUUUUUGUCCAUAAUAUUUGGAUUUCUGUUAACAGGACCAAUUGCAAACAUAGUACAUAAUGCUAAAGAAACAGGCAGCAGUAUGGGGUGUACUGUUGAACUUAUUACUGAUCAAGCACGCGUACUUCAAAGACAAUUAGCGGAACCAGUCAAAGAUAUGGCUUCAUACAUUGCUAAGCAGAAACAAGAACUCGAGGCGUUUAUCACAAAUACAAACGAAGCUUUCGUCAUUGCAAAAACUAAACUAGAUGAGAUAGACAAGACCAUUGCAGCAGCAGAGAGCAUCAAUAUUAUUUACGAGAAAUGCGUGAGAACCAUUGAAGAACAACUACGCAAAUGUAGAGACGCGUGUAAUAUUAUAAAUGUUAUUUGCCGGGAUUUGUGUAGCAAUCUUAAUGCAAUAAAAGAUGUAUGUAAACCGUUGAAAUCGACAGAAAAUUUCGUAUCAAAUGUGGCAACUAAAACAAGAGAAGCGAUCGAUAACACAAUGCAGUUUAUCACAGCAGACGUUGAAUUGAAGGGAGACUUCAUGGGUAACGCUAACUCAUCUAAGUCGGCAAAGAAAAUCCAAGCAAAUAUAAAUAAAGAUGUUGCUGAAAAGGCAAACGUCUUAGAGACAUUUUUCUCAAUAUUGGAAAAGGUUCUUUCUGUUUCCUUUCUCCUCAUUUUUGCACAGUCAUUCUGGUAUGUGAAAAAUUAUUUAGCAAAAGAUGGCUAUGAUAACUUUUACAUUACUAAUGCAUUUCGAUCACACGAUUCAACUGAAUUUGAUAACGGCAGAGCUUCUGUUUUACCUUUGAAAAAAAGAGAGCUCUCAAAAUAUGUCAAUACCCGCUCAAUCAAACUGAAUGAAUUUGAAAGGAAAUACUGCACAAUUGGUCUUGCAGAGGUACUUCUUCAUGUUGUUUUCAGUACCGUCAUCAUAUUAUUUGAUUACAUUUUAUACUAUGUACUGAAGUUGAUUAAAACCCAUGGGUCGAUAGAGUUUGGAUUUCAAGGUCAAGGCCGCGUCAAGAUCGCUGUUAAGGGUGAGGGACCACUCGCACAAUUUUACCAGACAAUGAUUAAAGGUUUAGACCUCAAAGAAGGGUUCACCGCUAACCUUCACCUCAGCCGCUGUCUUCCUAACCCCUCAGCACCCCAAUGGUCAACCAUAGUGCUUCUACUGCUGCUGUACCUGUUAGCGCUUGCAUUUGUCAUAUUGAGGGGAUACGGCAUGAGGCUUCGUCGCAAAAUCUCAGCUUACUAUUACCCAGAGCAAGAAAAGGCUCGAGUUAUCUACCUCCACAAAACUAUUCGACACAGACGGGCCGGCUUUCAGAAAUUUCUACGCCAGCAGGUUAAGUCUUCUCAUAAAGAGAGCAUGGUGAAAAGCCAGCUUCGUUUCUCCACUUGGCUUAGGUCAAAACUUUCCUGUUUUGACAGAUGUUUACCAAAUAAAAGUAAGCAGCAGUGUUCCUGUUGCGAGCAGGAGGGUGGGAAAGGAGGGGUGGUGUUGAAGAAAUGUGGAACGGAAAGUAUUAACGGAGAGUGCGAUGCAUUGUUUUGUGGCGAGUGUAUUAUCGCUCUUGGUGGAAUAUGCCCACUUUGUAACACAGACGAAGUUGAAAUGCGAGAUUAAGGAAUACAUGCAGAUGAAUAGUUUUAUAACGUCUGGUCUGCAUCAAUCUUUUUUCAUGUAGUAAGGAUCACUUCAAUUAUAUACAUUUUCUCCCCAUGUGUAGCAUUAAAGGAAUCCCAGCUGGCUCAUGGACAUCGGAAAGACGACAGAAAGUCGUCGGGUUCUAACGUCGGAUAACCGGUUUACUAUUUGAUAUGUUCAAGUAAUUGAACGGCGGAUUGAGACUCAAGACGCAAUAUUUAUGCGAAAAGCUACAGAAACAUGCUCAGUAGCAAUAAGUUUAAACAUAAACCCGGUUUAGUGGCAAUGGGCAAACGCCAAAGACAUAGAACACAAAAUCACAAACAAGAAACAUAGAACAGCAGAAAACUCUACAAACAGCACAG